AUGGAACAGUACGAAAGAUCAGUGGUCUCUAUGAGAUCUCAGUUCGUCCAACUUCUGGAUGCUUCUCUAUCCGACGAUUUCGACUUCCAACCACUCCUUCACGUCCUGGUAGCCCGGCUUACAGCCGAGUCCAGAUUCCGAUAUAAUCCGGGUGGUUAUCAGGCGGCUGAUCUUGAGAUCGGCAUACCACAGGAUGAUGGCGUACGCUGGUUCGCUCCGGAAGCAGAUGAAGUGAGUCGUCUUGUUCUUCCAAAGACGAAACUAGAAAUUUCAUAUGCCAAGUCUGAGGAGAAGGAGUACAUAUGGUGGGUAGCUCAAUGCCUGCUGCACGGCCUUCCGUUCCCAACUACGGCCAUCGACGCGAAAGCCAUACUUCGCCAAGCGUUACUUGCGAGCAGCCUCAAGAGGCCAAAAGAACUGAAGUCUAUCAGAAAAAGACUGAGAGAAAAGCAGGAACUAGACAACACUGGAAUCGCAGAAAAAGUAUCCUUAGCGGACGACAACAACCGCAAAGAAAAUCCAUCUGAGCUGCAAUUCACGACAAACAAGAAACCUCCUCUAUACCAGGCGUUGGGUACAUUGGAACCAGGAUUGGUUUCUCAAGUGAAGAUGAAAUCUAGGGAGCGAAAACUUCGAAGUCCGGGCCCAAGCCCAAGCCCAAGUAACCACCGAGAACCCAACAUAGUGGUGAAUGAAGGCUCCGAUCAAACCGGUAACCAGUGUGCCAGGCCAUCGAAGCUUCAGACCAUGGACAACCGGAAGUCAGCAAGCAAAAAGAAGUCGAAGAAACAGGACGCGAAUGCCGACCUCCUACCUGGGCCCAGGGAACCUGGUGAGACUGUACCCUCAGGGAUGAAGAAGAAGGUCAAGAAGCAGUCCAUGAAAACAACAAAAGGAGAUAACAAGGGCGGUGACAAUGGCACAAGCCAUUUGCAAUCAAAGACCGCCAGAGAGCGUGAGGCACCAGAUGCUAGGGAGGCGGCAGGUACAACGCGACAGGAAAAGAAAAAGAAGAAGGUAAAGAAGGGGGAUGGCACGACCGUCGAAGCCAAAGUGGCGGCGCCUACUCACGCCGCAGCCAAAGAUCAGAAGGGAAUACCAGUGUCUGCCCCAAAUACAACGUCCAAACAAGAUUCAACCAAGAACAAGAAAGGCCAUGUUACAGAACUGCCCAAUGUCAAGACAACCCUUAGCUCUAAGCCUUCGAACAAGAAGGAAUCAGUGCGCAAAGCCAAGACAAAGAAGGAGAAGAAGAAGGGCAAACACACGAAGAACGAGAAGCAAGCCGUGGACCAGCUCGCUGCUGCAGUACCGGCCAAUGAGGGCGACCACAGCAUUGCCGACAAUGAAGAAGCAUUCCCAACGACUACAAAGAGAUCACCUACAUGGAGCGGAUCAACCACUCUUACAACCCCAGAAGUCGAAGACUUAUAUGCUGCGGUCUUAAGACAAGCAUCUGAAGAGCGCAGUAUGCAACAUCAGGCCGACUCCCAGAUCAUUGCCGAAUUGUCUGCAGAUCAGAAUGUAAUGCCGGAACCGAACCAGGCUGCUGCCAGCGCCUGGACCGCGUAUCGUGACAACAAUCCGUCCUCCAGCGUCUCCCCACCGGCGACCAAAGCGGUCAAGACAUCAUGGUCAUCGGCCUACACGGUAGGCGAGACCAGUUAUACUAUUAGCGAAGCACCGAUGUCGCUGGCAGCUCAGGCCAGGUCGAGGGGAACAUCAGAACCAACUACAAGAGCUGGGGAUUAUCCUCCGGGGUUCUCUGAAGUCGUACUUCCACCAACCAUUAGUUCUGAACCGUUGCACGACCCGGUGAUGACCCAAAAGUCGAAGCAAGAAAAACGGCCGCAUGAAGCUGCAUUCGAAGGUCCGACUUCUGAAAGCAUGGACUUUAGUGAUGUUAGGCCAAAGAAGAAGCGCGGACAAGUUGUUAAGGCCAUGGAUGACAGGCACGAGGCAAUAACAAGCAGCGUGGCGAAAUUUGUCACAGACGACAAUGUGGUUUACGUACCCAACUUGGCGGAAGGUCAGAAGCCGCAUUUCCCACUGUUUGCCGCUCUGAUGAAGCAUGCUAGUCAGUACAAUUACGAAGGCUCAGUAUCGAGCAUCCACUCAUUGAUAAAUCAGGUCGACCACCCACACGUCAAAAUGAGAGGCGCAGAGGGUGCGUUUGGCGAAUCUAGGCCUAUAAGCACCAUGACGAGGCACUCAUUGAGCAAGAGGGCAGAGAUGAAGGAACGCAUCAAAGGAUAA